AUGUUGUUGAAGUUGAUUUGGGUAUUUACCACAACGGUAAUUCUUCAAGCGACUCUAGCCAGCGCCGACCUAUCUUUUUGUUCAACACAGAAUACCGGCUCCGAUUCGUCGUAUUCCUUGUAUCAAUCAAAUGGUCUUUGCAGAGAUACCUGUAACGGCCAAGGAGCAUAUUUUGCUGUCUUGUCAGGUAGUGAAUGUUUCUGCUCCAACGUUGCGCCGAGUGAGCAAACGUCACUUUCAGACUGUUCAAGCAGCUGUCCCGGAUAUCCUAUAGAACAAUGCGCUGGAAACGGCUAUUACGGAUACAUUCAAUUGAGAAGUGGCGCCAGUACGUUGGCGUCGAGCUCAUCUACUACAGUCAGUUCCGAGACCGAAACUGAUGGGACUACCUCGUCCGAUCCUACGAGCUCAUCCGGGACAACCAGUUCUUCAACUUCCUCUAGUUCCUCUAGUUCCUCGAGCUCCCCUACUAGCUCCACCAGUUCUACAUCGAGUACAAGUUCAACAACGAGCUCAAGUUCAAGUUCUUCCACAAGGUCAUCAAGCUCCGUAUCCCCUUCAACAAGUAGUGAAUCUGGCACUUCGUCAUCCACAGCAUCAACUACGUCACCGCCAUCCAUAUCAACCGUUUACUCAGUGACCACCGUCAGUGGAACAGACCGUACGCUUAUUGUAUCGACACAGUACAUCUCAACUUUUCCAUCAACCCCCACAGACACUUCAACAGACAGUGCCACUGAUAGCAGCUCAAGAAGCGCAAACUCAAACUCGUUUUGGGAUUCUACAGGGAAAGUGGCCGGCACAUUUGUGGCCGUUGCGGUGGUUGUAAUUCUUCUACUUCUGCUCAUAGGUUUACUACUAUACAGGCGAUACUCCAAGAGACACGGAGACGAAGCAGACUCGGCUUCAGGAUCCAACAUUUCGUCUCUAAUGUACCUCAAGAACGGUACACUAGAGAAAAACAACAAUUUCCAUACUCAUACUGCAUCCAAUGGUGACACUUUAGUCCCCAUCAACAUAGCAGAAAGUGACAACAUUGUCGACCAAAGGCUGGAUCCAGGUCAGAUGUUUAUGAAUCUGAACAAUUCCAGGGGUUCUUUCUCAGACCAUAGGGACUACACGCGGCGUGUACUUCGUGUGGCAAAUCCAGAGAAUGACCUAGAUCCGUCUGAUCUAGAGACCCCAGGAAAUAAUGCCUAA